CAAGUGUUCAAGAGAGGAACCGACUCUUUAAGUCUUCUCAUCGGGUUUUUGACAGAAAAAAACAGGAGAAGGUUCGCGGAUCAGUCAGGGAGUUUAAGAUCACAAAUGGCAGGGAGUUUCAGUGGAAGUCAUGAGAAAUCAAAUCUCAGAGUUUUUGCUGAGAAAGUGCUGAGAUUUACAGGGGAGAUGGGUGUUGUGACGUGGGAGAUGGGCAAAGAGUUGGGUGUCGUGAUGUGGGAGACGGGCAAAGAAGAUCCAAGAAGAGUGAUCCACUCCAUCAGAGUUGGUUUUGCUAUGACAUUGGCUUCAUCGCUGUGCCUGUUGCAAAAGGCGUCACCUUUACAAGGGAUUGGCCAAAAUGCCAUGUGGGCUGUCAUAACAGUGGUUAUUCUCCUUGAAUUCACUGCAGGAGCAACACUACGUAAAGGGCUGAACAGGGUCGUCGGGACAGUGUUAGGCAUUCUGUUCGUGCACUUUGUCGAGCAUCUUAGUGCACAUCGGCCUAUACCCAGAGCCGUGUUCAUGGGAUGGACAGUUUUUGUCAUUGGAACUGCAGCUACCUACAUGAGGUUCAUUCCCAUCAUAAAGAAGAAAUAUGAUUACGGGAUCCUCGUAUUCAUUUUGACGUUCAGUAUGAUACUAGUGUCCAACUACCAUGUUGACAAUUCAACCCGCAUGGUGCAAGACCGCUUCUACACUAUCGCAAUUGGUUGCGGGAUAUGUCUUUUCUUGAGUCUGCUCAUCCUUCCAACCUGGUCAGGUGAUGACCUCCAUGAAUCCACAAUAGCCAAGCUUGAAGGACUAGCACAAUCUGUAGAAGCCUGUGUUGGGGAGUACUUUGGCGAUGCUCAGACGAAAGAAACCCAAGACAAAUUGCCAAAGGAUUCCAUAGACCAGAACUGCAUCAAAGUGUUGGAUUCCAAGUACACUGAUGAAACUAUGGCAUUAUAUGCAAGUUGGGAGCCAAGAUACCAAGGAAACUGUUACAAAUCUCCGUGGCAGCAGUAUGUGGAGUUCGGAGUUGCUCUACGCCGAUUCGCUUACACAGUUAUGGCUUUACAUGGUUGUUUGCAUACCGAAAUCAAGACUCCACCAUCUGUACGUGCUCUCUUCAAGGAUCAGUGUACCCGUUUAGCUGGAGAGGUAUCAAAAGUGUUAGUGGAACUUGCUAAUAGCAUGAGGAAUCGCCGCCAUUUUUCUCAGGAAAUUCUCUCCGGUCAUCUCCAGGAAGCUUUGCAGGACCUCAACACCGCACUACAGUCCCAACCACAGGUUCUCUCAGACUCGAUGAACAGAAAGGACUCCAGAAUCUCUCUUAUGACAAUCUUGGAAGCCAAUUCUUCUCCAUUGCGUGAAUCGAAAACCACAAAACCUCCUGAACAGGUGUUAGGGCCACAGAGGAGUAAACUUGUUAUAGCUAGCCUCGAGUUCUCCGAGGCACUUCCUUUCGCUGCCUUUGCUUCUUUGCUAGUAGAGGCCGUGGCUAGGCUUUAUCAUGUUAUUGAGGAAGCUGGAGAAUUGGGGAGGAUAGCUCGGUUCAUGGGGUAUAAAGCGGGUGAGGACGUUGUUGUGACACUAGGAGGAAAAAAAUCGAACUUCGUUGGGAAUCAUUUCUCUCCAUCGGGAACAGAAUAGCGGAGAUUUUACUUUU